AUGGGGGAAUGUGAGAAUCCCGCUUCAUUGGGAUCCACAGCAGCCAAAGAGAACUCAGGGACCAGGUCAUGUGAGAAUCUGACAUGCUUCAUGGUCCUGACGAAUGCAGAGAAGAUGACCAUCGGCUCCAUCUGUUUCCUGGCAGGUCCGAUCACUCUGCUGGAGAACGCUCUGGUGCUGGGUGUGAUCGCCGCCACAGCCUCUCUACGCCAGCGACCCUCCUACCUCUUCAUUGGCAGCCUCGCUCUGGCUGAUAUCUUCGCCAGCUGCUUCUUCACCUCCAGCUUUUUAGACUUCCACCUCUUUGACCAAAGCGAUGGCCCCAUUGCCUACCUCUUCAAGCUAGGUGGUGUCACCAUGGCCUUCACCAGCUCGGUGGGAAGUUUACUACUGACUGCUAUGGACCGCUACCUUUGCAUUCAACGUGCCUCCGACUACAAGGUGCUGCUGACCAGGCGGCGGGCCCUGCUGAGCAUGCUGAUCCUCUGGAGCGCUACCAUCUUGAUCUCCUUCUUGCCCCUGAUGGGCUGGAGGUGUCCCACCGGCCUCAAUCCACCCUGCUCACGCCUCUUCCCCUACAUCAACCCGUGGUAUCUGGCCUGCUGGACCAGCUUCAUCCUGGUGCUUCUGGCUCUUAUUUUGGGAGCUUACGCUCUGAUCCUGUUGAAGGCCCACCGCCAUGAAUCCUCCAUGAGCAGCAUACAUGGACCAGCAGGGACAGGCCACAACCGCAUGAGGAUGGAUAUCCGGCUGGCUCGUACCUUUGGUUUGAUCCUGCUGAUACUCGUGGGCUGCUGGCUUCCGGCACUGUCCUUCAUGCUAGCAGACGCUUCUGUGAUCCUGACCUGCUCCGAGCAGAGGGCCUUUGCCUUCUGCAGCACCCUCUGCCUGGUGAACUCUGCAGUCAACCCACUGCUGUACGCCCUGCGCUGCAGAGAGCUGAGAGUCGCCCUGCUGCAGUUACUACAGAGGCUUUGUGUGAUCGGGAGGUGUAAAACGUCCACAGAGGAUUUAACCCCAGGACUGCCCUCUGCAGACGACAACUUUACGGCCAUCUCCGAGGACGAGAUGCCCCAGCUCGGAACCACACAACCCAACUCCAUCUCCGGGAUGGUCAACGACAAUCUGCAGCCGGACGUCAGGAAAUGAAGGAGGUGAAUUGAGGAAGUAACUGAACACAGAUGGAAAAUAUCUAUGGAGAUGUGCUUGUAGUGAAGAAUGUAAUUCAGAAUAAACUUUACGGUAGAUUAAGAGUCAAAUCUACAUGAAACCAUAUUGCAGGAUUCAUUAUCAUAUAUAUUUAAACUGG